UCUGGCUUACUAGUUUUUUUUGUAUUAUUGAAUGGUGCUUCCAAUUCAUCUAUCUUGGGGGACUUCUAUUGGAUUCAGGCUGACACCUCCACGAUUUCAACAGCUCCUCAUGAUAUAACUAGGUGGACAAAUUACAGAUCCUGUGGUGUUUCUAAUGGAAGGAACUAUGAUUGCACUGGCUCCUCAGCUGCUUAUCCAUUUUCUCCACAAGAUAACUUCAACACGAGAGAUGGAGUUCCAUCAAGUUUCAUAAAUAACCGAAGUGUUUUUUACCAUUUGUCGAAAUUUGCGUGGGCAGCCUUUUUAAUUGGUUUGUUUUUUAUUUUGCUUGCAAUUGCACUUACUACAUUAACGUUGUGUUGUGGCACUUCUUUCCUCACAACAGCCUCAAGUGGUAUAUUAUUUUUGGCUCUUUUAUUUAUCACUGCAGGUGCCUCUUGUAUGACUGCUGUGUUAGUUAAGGGAAGGGAUGCUUUCAGAGACUCGGAUUUGAGUGUUUCUAUUUCCACCAAGAUGAUGGCCUUUGCUUGGGUUCCAGUAUUUUUAUUAUUAGUUUCAUUUUUAAUGAUGUUUUGUUUGGGUUUUAUUGCAAAGUCAAAAAAAAGUAAAAAAACUGAUCGAGAAAGUGGAUACAGAAAAAAUAGCUAUUCUUCUUCUGAUAGUGAU